UGUGUCGAUGCCCUGUCAAGAUGUCUCCCCGCUCGCCGUAGCGUACUCGCAUGUAGGUCCGCGGCAAAGUGUGAGGGAAAAGCUAAACAACAGGAAAAAGAAAGCGAAGAGCCGGAAUCGCCCGCAAAGCCUCUCCGUCCGUUUCUGUGAUCUCAGCCGGACUCGGCCAAAGAACAACACUUGUGAAGCGUUUUCUUUCACGGACGCAGUCAUGAGUUGAUGCACAAGAGCGCGCGUUCGUCGUCGGUGGCGCACGUCGGCGGAAUAUCCAAAGGAGCCUGUGUUACGUGGAGGGUGGGCAUGGACGGCGACUGGCCUGCCUCCCACGCCAGCUGUCAUCACUUUCAGACGGCCAGACACGCCAGCUGAGUGACGGUGCAGCCCGUAGUGCGUCACCAUCAGCAUGGGCAACCUCAACUGCCUCGAACAGUCUCCGGAUACACGGGCAUCGCACGACGGCGCCUUGCGGCACAGCGAUGGUGACCUGGACAAGACCGGUGCGGAUGGCAUGGCACUGCACCAGGUUUCGGGCGGCGCCGGGGGACAACAACGGCGGCUUGCGGCAACACGACGGUCGCUACGUCAAGGCACCGGCCGGUGCCGUGGCGGUGUUGCCGCUAAAUGGACCCCAUCCCAUUCACCGCGAGGGUCCGCCUCAAAGAGCACCCAACAUCGCCGGCUCCGCCCAGGGCAAGGUGGUAGUGGCCCUUUACACCUACAAUGCGAGGGACGAUGGUGAUCUCAGCUUUAGGAAGGGAGACCGGCUUCAAAUUCUCAACGACAGUGACCAGGACUGGUGGCAUGCCAAACAGCUGAACGGCCCACAGACUGGCUACAUUCCACAGAACUACGUGGCGUUCGAGAAGACCGUAGAGAGUGAAGACUGGUUCUUUGGCAAGGUCUCGCGGAAGGACGCCGAGAAGAUGCUCAUGCUUGCAUCCAACCCGAGGGGCACGUUCCUCAUUCGAAACAGCGAGCAGACAACAGGGGCGUUCUCGCUGUCGAUCCGUGACUUCGAGCCAACCAAGGGGGACCACGUGAAGCACUACAAGGUGAAGACCAUGGACAAUGGUGGCUUCUUCGUUACCACCAAGAAGACCUUCUCCACACUCCAAGAGCUCAUCUCCUACUACAUGGAAGGUGCAAACGGCUUGUGCCACAAGCUCACAAUCGCGUGCCCCAAGCCCAAGCCCGUGGUGUGGGACCUGUCGCCAGAGACGCGUGACGAGUGGGAGAUCCCGCGCAGUUCGGUGCAGCUCCUCCGAAAGUUGGGAAGCGGCAACUUUGGCGAGGUCUGGUACGGCUUGUGGAAGGGCAGCACGGAGGUGGCCAUCAAGACGCUGAAGCCGGGCACGAUGGACCCGGCGGCGUUCCUCCAGGAGGCGGCCAUCAUGAAGAAGUUCCGGCACGAGAAGCUGGUCUCGCUCUACGCUGUCUGCUCCAAGGAGGAGCCCAUCUACAUCGUCACCGAAUAUAUGGCCCAUGGCUCACUGCUAGAGCACCUGCGUGGCACUCGCGGCCGCGCGCUCAAGCUGCCCACACUCAUCGACAUGGCCUCGCAGAUUGCGAGCGGCAUGGCCUACCUGGAGAGCAAACAGUUAAUCCACCGCGACCUGGCUGCACGUAACAUUCUCGUCGGUGAGAACAACGUGGUCAAGGUUGCGGACUUUGGACUGGCCAGGAUCAUCGAAGACUCCGAGUACACCGCAAGGCAAGGUGCCAAGUUCCCCAUCAAGUGGACGGCCCCCGAGGCAGCCCUGUACGGCAAGUUUUCCAUAAAGUCCGACGUGUGGUCCUACGGCAUCUUGCUUUACGAACUCAUCACCCAUGGGCAAAUCCCUUAUCCGGCGAUGCCCAACCGUCAGGUGAUCGAGUACGUGGACCGGGGUUACCGGAUGCCCAAGCCGACCAACUGCGAAUGCCCGGACUCUGUUUACAACAUCAUGCUCAACUGCUGGGAGGCCGACCCCGAGAAGCGGCCCACGUUCGAGUUCCUCUUCGGCUUCUUCGACGACUACUUCGUUUCCACUGAGCCCAGCUACAGGGACGCCGAGGACUUCUGAAUUGGCAGCGAGUGAUAGGUGCUGUUGUUGUGCGAGAGACGUCCGUCGCGCGGGUUUCGAAGGUCGGUGCACCAUCAGUAUAAGUAUGGCCUCAAAGACGUGUGCUGCAAGAA